AUGCGGCAUAUCACCUGCAACUUUUCAUCUUCCCCGCCAACCCCACUUUCACCGAGGGUUUUUAUGGAGAGAAGUGGAGUGGCGCUGGGGUUUACGCGGAAGCCUAGCAGAUCAUGGAGCGAUUUUCCCAGCAAAGCUGGCGGAGCACCGGUGUGGCUGGAUCCACAAAACAUGCCGCCUAUGGCCGAUGCUUGCUGCGGGUUUUGCAAGGAACCCCUGCAGUUCUUGCUCCAAGUCUGUGUGCCUCUUCCCGAAGGAGACGAUGAGAACAGAUUCACUCUACUGGUUUUCAUGUGCCCAAAGAUGGCUUGUUUAAAUCUGGACCAAGCUCAACAGAGCCAAGAAACGUCCCACAGAAGCGUCAAAGUUUUUCGAGCUCAAGUAGCUGCUCGGAGAAACGAUCCCAAUGGAGUCCGACUUUGCGACUGGUGCCACACUUGGAAAGGUGGAAGUCAGUGUGGGGGUUGCAGGAAGAUCAGCUACUGUUCCCGCAAGCAUCAAGUGGAACACUGGCAAGCUGGUCAUUCGCACUCGUGCAAGGAUUCAUCGUCGGACAAGAGGGCAGAACAAAAGACCCUGUGGCACGAAUUCGAGCUGGAGUUUAGCGAAGAAGAAGGAAGCGAGGAGGAAGAGGAAGACGAGGAAGCAGCUGAUGCUGAUGGUCCUGACAUUGUUCCAGCAACCAAUCUCGACGGCUUCCAAGAGGCGUCGAGAGAAGACAGCUUCUGGGCGGCAUUCCAGGCCCGGAUGACAAGAGCUCCCAGCCAAGUCUUGAGGCUUGGAUCAAGCCGGGCGGGAGACUCGCAGCCGCUGUGGAUGAAACUCGAAGGCCAAGCUAGCGACGCCGACAUCCCUUCCUGCCAACUUUGUGGAGCUCCUCGUGUCUUCGAGUUUCAGGUGAUGCCGCAGCUGCUCUACUUUUUCGGCGUGGAGAACGAGAGAGACUCGCUUGACUGGGGAACCAUAGCGGUGUAUUCGUGCCGGGACUCGUGUCCAGCCGAGGGUUACGUGCAAGAGUUUGCAUGGGUCCAAUCCUCUCCGUAGAUCCUGAUAGCUUUGAUCUGCUCGAAGCUCUAUAGCUAGUAGACAAGAAAUAGUUUGAGAGUACAAAUUUGUGAUAUUACAGGACUUCAAUUGAUACAAAGAAUGCUAUGCCACUGAAAGUUAUAUAAGCUGCUGUGAAAAGCAAGGAACAAGAGAAAACAAUAACUGUACACUCAU